CCAUUCAUUCAAUUCAUUAGUUUCCAAAUCAUAGUCCGAGAGGGAAGUCGACGCAGCCGCUGUCGUAAUCGACAAGUGCCUUUUAAAGAAAUAAUAAUGUCUAACAGACCAGUAGCAUUCAAAAAUCCAUUUUCUAGGCCAUGGAUGUCGGAAACGGGCGCAGCGGCUGCGGCUGGCGAAAAGGCGAAGGGUUUGAAAGGUGUUGUGGCCGGCGGUAUCACUGGUGGCAUUGAAAUUUGUAUAACAUUCCCGACGGAAUACGUGAAAACACAACUGCAGUUAGACGAAAAAGGAGGUGCCAAGAAGUAUACGGGUAUAGCAGACUGUGUCAAGAAGACUGUGAAGUCACAUGGAGUCUUCGGCCUAUACAGAGGACUCAGCGUACUCAUCUAUGGAUCGAUACCGAAAUCUGCCGUCAGAUUCGGUGUAUUCGAACAAGCUCGUCUGUACAUGGUGACAGAAGAUGGCACUCUGUCCACGACCGGCAAGCUGGCUUGCGGUCUGGCCGCUGGUGUGUCCGAGGCUAUCUUCGCCGUCACCCCUAUGGAGACCGUCAAGGUCAAGUUCAUUAACGACUUGAGGCUUGAGAAGCCGAAGUACCGAGGGUUCUUCCAUGGCGUCAGGUGUAUUGUGAGGGAAGAUGGUAUCGGAGGUCUAUACAAGGGUGUGACAGCGACGGUGAUGAAGCAGGGCAGCAACCAGGCCAUCAGGUUCUUCGUGAUGGAGUCACUCCGAGACUGGUACAAGGGCGGCGACAGGGACAAGCAUGUGCCCAAGUACAUGGUCGCGCUGUUCGGUGGCGUGGCUGGAGCGGCGUCAGUAUUCGGUAACACACCGAUUGACGUGGUCAAAACUCGAAUGCAAGGACUCGAAGCUUCCAAAUACAAGAACACAUGGGACUGUUUCAUCAAGACCUGGAAAUCCGAAGGUCCCUUCGCCUUCUACAAAGGAACGGUCCCCAGGCUAAGUAGAGUAGUCUUUGACGUAGCUAUAACUUUCACUAUAUAUGAUUCAAUCAUGGAUCUUUUUAACUACGUUUGGAAGUAGAAUAUUUAUUUAGAGUCAGCCAUCUUGGCCAGUAGGCUUCGAUGAAUAGAGUCGGUUUUUGUUACGUCGUGCCGUGAUUAGAGCACCAGGCGAUCAUAUCCGUAGAGAGUUUAAAUUCUAAUAAAUUAUCGUCACGACGUAUUGAGGACCGAUUCUUAACAUUAUAGUAGGUUAUGUGGCGGUAUAUUUAGAACAUUUUUUAAGUCUAUGUCUAAAAAUGAUACCUCGCAUAUCGUUACGAUAUUUAUUUUUGACUUAUUGGUCUGAAGCUGAGAAUAAUAAUCGAAAUGAAUUUCCUGAAUCGAUAACCGACUGUAAUUUUUACUAUUGAAUUGACAAUAUGUAUUCAAUUUUUGUGGUUUUUCCAAAAUGCAUUUUAAAGAAAGUUAAUCUUCGCGUUUAUAAAUUACAUUUUGUAAUAGAUUCACGGAGUUAAUAAACCUAGAGAACCAUAGUGUAGAACGCCGUCACAUAAAACCUAUGUUGUUAGACUCAUUUAUUUAAUGUAGCUGUACAAAAUAUACGGGGGCUGCGCUUGCGAUCUAUAUUUUAGUUUUAAGUGUAUUUUAUUUUUAAGGUUAACAUACUGAAGACCGUCACAGAUUUACAUACACUAGAUUGAGCAAAAAGUAAUGAAAUUAAUAUAAUAUCUUUUUCUAUAAGAGGGCACACUUUUACCCUCAAGCAGCUUUUCCCAAUAUUACUAAAAACAUUUAUCUUAAAUCAGAACCUGCUUGUUUGCAGUCGGUAAAUAAAAGAACAUCAUGUAUUUUUGUCUUUGACGGUCUUCAGAGAAAUCAAAAAAUAUAUUUUCAUAGGACUUACUUUGAAGUAGGCUAUUGUUUUUGUGUUGUUAAUAUAAUGUGUUGGUUAGUGAUCGCAGGCGCAGCCUCUGAGGUCACUGACCUUUGCGUCGAGCAUUUGUAGAAUAUAUUGAAUUGGCUAAUUGUGUAUGCGGUACUAAGGCAUCAUGUGUGUGUAGUAAUAGUUUUGAAAUCACUUUUUUAUGGCUCUAAUAUUUUAUUUCGUGUUUUUUUUUUAAUUUCUAUAAAAUAUUUUUUUGCACACUAUGUAGUAUGUGUUUGAUACAUUUUUUAAAAUAAUUUGUUAUGAGUAGUGCAAAAAAUUAAAAUUGAAUAGGGUCUAAUAUCCUUGGGUGUUUGAAAAACUGUAACUACAAACACAUUGGCCAAAGCUUCCCCCCAUAAGGGAUGUAUUAAAAUAGCGUAGUUGUUGACAUGAACCAGGGUUUUUUUAUGUAUAUUGAUUAUAAUAUUAAUAUUCAAUGAUUUUCAACAAAGCGGGAAUUAUGUACGUGAUUUUAUUUACCGGGUUUUAUAUGGCUGUAUUAUUUAAUAUUGUUUAUUCAUUUAUGGAUGAUUUAUUACAUUAUAUUUUUAUGCGUUUUGCAAUGUACCGUUUGAUCGACUCUUUCUAGUUGUUAUGAAGUAGGUUCCAAAAGUUUUAUAGAUUGUUACUGUACAAAGUAGAUUUUCUACAAUAUUUUUAUAUACCUGAUUAAACCAAUGUUUGUAUGAAUUUUCUAUGUGAAAUGUGCUGGUUUAUGGGUUUUCAUAUUUUUCUGUAAAUUUCGUGUGAUUGUGCACAUCAACUUACUGAAAGCUAGACAGUCUAACAUAUAUAUAAAAACUAGAAAAUAAUACUAAUAUAGUACUAUUUUGCCUCAAACUCGAUUCCCGAGUGUUAUAAAUUGCCAAAAUGUAAGAAAAAAAAUCUCUUCAGCCUUUUUUAUGUUGAAGAUCUGGGUUUAAAAGGGGAAUCGAGUCCACAAAGGUUUGUUCCAAAUAUGCAUUUCAAUAACUCUUUUUAAGAAUCACAUUUAAGGUUUUAUAUCAAGCAAGCUUGUCUAUGGUCUUGCAAUUACCUUAAGAUAUCUUAAAAGGACAUUCCAGAACUUCCACAUUGACGCUAAAUAUGAUUUUGUUAAUUAUUUUGUAUCAUUUCAGUUUUUGUUGACGUUGACAUGUUUAUUUAUUUAUAUUUUUUCUUUUAAUAAAAUUGUCGGACAAUUUGAA